AUGGGUCGGAGUAGAGUGGACUCCGCAGCGGCCGAGAAGGCGUGUGCAGCGGUCCGCAACGGCAGCAUGUCACGCUACGCUGCCGCUGCUGCCUUUGGGUUGAGCAAGACCUCGCUACUGCGGCGCCUGAGCGGUGAGUGCGACAUGGACGCACGGGUUGGCCACGGGACUGUGCUGACGAAAGAGGAAGAAAAUGCGCUGGAAGAUGUGCUGCUGUACGCUGGUCGGAACUAUAUUCCUCUCACGAGGAACGACCUGAAGGAGCGUGUGAGACAGCUCUGCAACGACGACCGGCCGAUCCCAUGGGACCCCGACAAGGGCCUGGGGAAGUCGUGGUUGCAGGGCUUCCUCCGAGGGCACGAUCGCAUCAGCCUUCGACUCGCCCGCAUCUACGAGGCCAACAGGAUGACCUCGCCGGAAGAUGAUCGUCUGCACAAGUUCUACAAGUUCUGGCAGGAGUUCGUCAACGAGCACAAGCCAGCACCCGACCACGUUUGGAACACGGACGAGUCAGGGCGGCGGCAGUCCUUGCCGCGGUGGGAGAGGGGCGGGAGAGGCGGGAAUCGAUGGUGGUCAGCCGCCGGCGGCGCCCGUUUCCCGGUCGGGACGAACCCUGACGCGGACACCUGUGGUGGAUGUUUAGGUGUCUUCGAGGGGGGGUUGUUUCGUGAUGCAGAGCAGCUGGUAUCCGGGUGAAAUUAGCUCCGAACGGCUUGAAGCUUGCAUGUGGAACCGAUUUCAAACCGUAGCGUGUUAUAUAUUGUUCACGAGGUUGCUUGAGGCAAUUUGGGGUCGAACACCACCGCCGGGGGGGUCGGGACGGGCCGGCGGGCAGUUUGUCGAGGAACCCGGGGAUGCUGCACUUUUGUCCCCUGGUCUAUGUGCUUUUUUUUUUCUUCUUGUCCAACGCGUUUUCUGCAACGUUUACUUCGUUUCUCUCAACCGGCGUCUCGUGGGGGUUGAGUUGUGGGUGUAAAUUGUUCAUUUAACUGUAGCAGAUUUUUUCGGAAUUUUCUGCCGUACAAGCCGAAAAAGGGGGGAAAGUACCCCAUGUCUGGACAGGCAUAAUGUCGUCCAUAGGUAUUCGAUUGCCGCAAUUUUUUUUUGUGAGUCCGAGUAGGACGCAUUCAAGUCAUUAGUUCAUCAAAUUACUACGUUUGCAUGGUUUCAAGGCAAGAGAACACGCAGUACCAACCAAAAGGAGUAUAUUCCGUUCCUCAAAACUGGGCCGAAAAAUCGGGGAUAGAGGGAUUUUGUCCCCGAGUGUGCACCGAUUUUUUUUUUUUUUGUAUCGAACAUUCGUCAUACUAACAGCCUGUGUACCAAAUUUCAGGUCGUGGAACGCUUUAGAACGUGCGUAUCCGGCCACUACCGGAAAGUGGUCCUUAAUACCCCCCCCCCUCCUUUUGACCCAAAUUUUACCUAGAACGUGAGGUAUACUUCAAUUUCUAUAUAUACUCGCCACCUUCACUUUUUUCAAUUUUUCUUUCUUUGUCAUGUAGUCUAUGUUAUAGGCUAUCGUAUGAUACCUUGAUCUCUUCAUGAAUCAUCUUGAAACCAGAGAACAAGCUGCCUAAGUGGGGGGUGCCUUAGGGGGUCCUUAAUACCCGUCCUUACU